AUGCACUGCUCCUCGGCCCGCGAGCCCGCUCCUCAGAACGUCCCUAGCGACACCAGCAGCUCGCCAGCGGAAGCGUCGGCGGGUGCUGCUGCCGAUGGCCUAACUCUGGCGGACAUCACCACGACAUCACCCCUAGCAACCACUGGAAGCGGAGCGCUGGUGUCCGCCGCCGGAGCGUCAGCGGGGUCGCCGGGGUCAUCCUUUUCCUCCCCGUUACCACCACAGCAGCAGGUUCAGGGGCAUGGACAUGGGCAGGCAGCGUCCACUGCGUCGCCUCCAGCGCCAGCGCCUGGGCCAGGUCUCCCCGGGGACGGCGGCGAUGCCACAGCCGCCGGCGCCGCCACGGCUGGCAUCUCCCUGCCGCCGGUCCUUCAGCGUCUGCUGGCUUGGCUGGCCUCCGUGUGGUCUGCUGUACAGCAGUUCCCUGUCUGGGUACAAAUGCAGCACCUGCGGCGGCUGCGGGAGGCUUGCGAGGAGGAUCCCAAGUUAGCCCGGUUGUGCACUUCCCGAAUCCCACACCACGAUGCUGCUGACGCUGACAAGCACGCCGCCUACCUCGCGGAGCUGGCUCGCACCAAUCCCCGGGAGGUCCUGGCCAGGGUGGAGUCCCGGCAGUUUGGGAUCAACGCGGCAGUGGUGGCCGAGUACCUGCGGGCGCUCGUGGCCACGGGCAAAGUUUCUGAGCUGGUGAAGGCGGAUGGUUCAGCCGCAGCCGCAGUCAUGCCACAGUCUUCGUUCCUGUUUUCUUCGCCCCAUUCGGAGGGGGCCCCGCCACGGACGCUGACGGAGCUGCUGCGUGACCUGCAUGUGAGAGGUUUGGCCUUCGCCGGGGCUUGGGGACUGGGGGGUCGGAGGAGGAGGCAGGAGCAACUGGUGUCAGCGGCAGGUGACGGCGCCCCAGCUGGUGACGGCGCGGGUGGUGCUGGUGGUCUGGUUUCUUCUCUGGGUCUGGAGGUCCCGGGAUCAUCCGUACGGCGACCGUUGCACGUGGUGGUGGGGGGCUUGGCGCCACUGCAGCAAAUGGUGGCUGCCGCGCCAUCCGCCGCGAAGGUGCCCCUGCUGCUGCGGCCCCUGACGCUGCUGUGGCGGCUGACUAGCUUCGCGGUGCUGCUGGUGGUGCUGGCCUUCGCGUACAUAGCAGGGAGCCAGGCCAUCCGGAGGGUCCAGGCCAGCGGUGGCGCCUUUGUCAACCCUGCUGCUGUUGGCGCCGGGCCACCGGUUUCAGCUGCUGGCGGUGGCGGCAGUGGUUCCGGAGCCUCCGCCUCCUCGUCUUCCGGGGCUCCCAGCGUGGAGCCCAAGGAGUACAAGAAGGACGAGCUGCCAGAGAAGUCAAUCCGUACCUUCAAGGACGUGAAGGGUUGUGACGAGGCCAAGGAGGAGCUGCGCGAGGUUGUUGAGUUCCUGAAGAACCCCGGCAAGUUCACCCGGCUGGGUGCCAAGCUGCCCAAAGGAGUGCUGCUGACGGGGCCUCCGGGGACUGGGAAGACGCUGCUGGCCAAGGCGGUGGCGGGUGAGGCGGGUGUUCCGUUCUUCUACCGAGCGGGAUCUGAGUUCGAGGAGCUGUACGUGGGGGUGGGGAGCCGCAGGAUGCGCGCUCUGUUCGCCGCUGCCAAGAAGCGCUCCCCCUGCAUAGUGUUCAUCGACGAAAUUGACGCCAUCGGCGGUAACCGCAAGGCCUGGGAGAACCACACACGCAAGACACUCAACCAACUGCUGGUGGAGAUGGACGGGUUCGAGUCGACGGACGGCAUCAUCGUGAUGGCCGCCACCAACCUGCCUGAGAGCCUGGACCCCGCACUCAAGCGACCCGGGAGGUUCGACAGACAGGUUGCCGUACCUCUCCCUGACAUUAAAGGGCGUCGUGACAUCCUGGAGUACUACCUCUCCGAUAAGCCCCUGGGACCUGACGUGGACCGGGAGCUGCUGGCCAGGCAGACGCAGGGCUUUAGCGGCGCUGACCUGUCCAACCUGAUUAACGAGGGCGCAAUUCUGGCCGCGAAAGAGGGCGCCGACGCCAUUACCCAGCGCAUGCUGGACUGGGCGUACGACAAGAUCUUAAUGGGAGUGGAGCGCAAGAGUGUCAAGCGCACGCUGGAGGCGCGGCGCCGCACCGCCUUCCACGAGGCCGGCCACGCCCUGGUGGCUCUCGCUACCCCCGGUGCCUCCCCCAUACACAAGGCCACCAUCGUGCCCCGGGGACAUGCCCUGGGUAUGGUGACGCAGGUGGGCCGCGAGGACGAGUUCUCCAUCAACCGGCAGCAGAUGUUGGCCCGCAUCCGGGUGUGCAUGGGGGGCACUGUGGCGGAGGAGCUGGUGUUCGGGAGCGAACAGGUCAGCAGCGGGGCAACGGACGACCUGAGGCAGGCCACCUCCAUGGCCCGCCACAUGGUUGCCGAGUGCGGCAUGAGCACCGCCAUAGGGCCCGUGUAUGUGGCGGCACACGAGGAGCGGCACGGCGGUGCGGGGGUGUCUGAAGCCACCCGGCAGCGAGUGGAUGCGGAGGUGGCGACCAUGUUGGCAGACGCUAAGGAGGUGGUGAGGGCACUGCUCUUGGAGAGAAUGCAGGAUUUAACCACCUUGGCCGAGGCGCUCCUAGACAAGGAGACCCUCACCCGCGAGGAGAUCAACUCCCUGCUGCAACAAGGGGACCAGCAGACACCACCACCACAAACGCCGGGCGGUGGAGGCGGCGGGGGCGGCAGUGGAGGAGGGGGAGGUGGGGGCCGUCGGGAUCGCGAGGGCGAGGAGCCCCUGGAGGGGGAUCCGGCUCCUGCCGCCGCGCAGGUGGCAGGAUGGGCUGCGCCGCAGUCCGCUGUUAGGGCGCCAGACUCCGCUACCGAUAGCGCCACUCCCACUAGUGGUAGUAGCAGGCAGCACCAGCAGCAAGAGUCGAUUCCAGUGGGUAGGAACGGUUUCACUUCCACGUCAGCACGGGCCACAACCACUGAGGCCAACUGGGUCGGUGCGACUGACCCAGGGGACGGUAGGGUUGUGGUCAUGCAAGGCCAGAGGUCCCCUGCGGCGCCUUCGACGGCUUCGCAGCUAGGUACCGGUGUUGCUCCAGAUCGAGGAGGAGCUGCAACCGGACCUGGUGUGGGGCGAAAUGGCGAAUUGGCCUGGGCGCGCGCGCAGCGGGAGCUGAGCGGCGACACGGUGGCAGGAGUUUCAGGUUUGGACGCAUAUGCAGGAACGGCAGCGACAGCUCCUGUGUCGAGUAAUGACGGUGAUGAGGAUGGGCAGCAAGCAGGCGGGGAAGGCGGGGCGGCGUGGAGUAGGUUGGCGCACGAGGGGUUCUCCUGGUUUAUAGCUGGGUAGGGCGUUUCCUCACCACAAUACAAUGCACGCUGUCCUGCGCGGUCUACAGUUGGAGGUCUCCGCUGAGCCCAAGUUUACAUUGUAAGCAGCGCGCUGGUCG